AUGGCGCCGAAGAAGCUGACGGACUGUCCGGAAAACCUCCGGGAGUCCAUCGACUGGUUGAUACAGGUUAAGCAUGGAAAUGGUAAUGAUGGUCUUGGGCCUUUGGCUGAGGCUGUGAAAAAGUUGAUUGGUGAUGCCGUUAAACAGGCUAGAGAGAGUCUUGAUGAAAAGCAAGGUAAGAUUGGUUGUGCUGCAGAUUAUUAUGGUCGUCAGUAUUGUAAACGGCUCGAUGAAAGGAUUGCGACGGCUAAGGAGGAAUUAAAGGAACUUAAAUCUGAUGAAAAUAAUGUAGCGGAAAAAAAGGAUUUAGAAUCCCAAAUUAAGCGAUACGAAGCCAACAAAAAAAACUGUGAAAAGGAUCAUCACAUGGAUCCUUCAACUAGGGACAAGGCUUUGAAGGAGAUUGAGAGUCAGAGAAAGGUUGUUGAGCAACUAGAGGAAUUUAUUACUGGGAAUAAUCCACGUGAUUUACUUGAAAGCCUUUGCACAGGCCUCGAAAAAUUUCUCGGCCUCAAAGAUGGUAAUUACACCGGGAAAGGGAUUGUGUACUCCGACCUCGACAGGCUGUGCGACGGGGUGAUGUCUUUCCUUCAUGGCGUGCUUAAGGAUGUCUGUGCAAAUCAGCCCUACACUAUUGGUAGAAAAGAGCUAAAAACUUUUGUCGAUAAUGAAAUUCAGCCUAGAUUAUGCAGUGGCCAUCAAGGCUUCAGGGAUGUGAUCGGCCAGGUGGCCGAUAAGGUGCGGGAUUAUAAUGAGAGUUUAGAGCGUUCCAAUAGAAAAGUUAAGAGUACAAUAACAGCUCUGGAACAGAAUGUUGAUUACUUUACAAGAAAGGUGAGUCUUAUAAAUGACAAUUUAGAUCCACGUUUUCCCACGGAAGCUGACAAAGCCGUGGCUUCGGUUAAAAGUAAUUUGGAAGAGUGUCUUCGGAACGCAAACAAAUUUAAUAAUGACUUAGACAUUGGAACCAAUCCAAAGGAUAUUAAAAACGCGAUUAAUGACUUGAAUUCUGCGCUGCGUGACAGAGUGAAUAAGGCGCGUGACUCGGUUAAGAUUGAAACGGAUCAUCUCACUGCGAUGUCGAAGGAUCAAAGUAAAGUUCUGAGAGAGAUGACCGCAAAAAUUGGGAGUGCUCUAUCAGAGCUUAGAACUAACUUACAUAAAGAGAUUGACGAAAAAAUACCUCUGCUUGUCAGCAAGUUGAGGGAGAGGGUUCGUGCUAUAAAAAAGCAGCUGGAAGAUAUUAGUGGGAGUCUGUUUGGCUGUGUUCAGGAUUUGGAAAGGUGGAUUCAGAAAGGGAAUAAGACUAUGGAAGAAGCAUUGCUGAAGGUUAAUACAAUAUCAGGUAAGGUUGAUGAGAACUCUGCGUUCAGCAAUGUCACGGAUAUUAAGCAGGCGGCGGAUAAAUUGAGGCAGCAUAUCGAUAAGCUCUUCCAGGCGAAGGACAGUGCCUUGGAAAAGGUUAGAAACCAAGUUGCCGCAACGCUUAUGCAGGUAAAAGAAAUGGACGGGAAGCUUAAAGAGGAUUUGUAUGAGGUUAAGAAGGGGAUAAAAACAAAGGUGGAGGAGAUUAACGUGAAGAUUGGGGCGCUUUAUGGAGUUGUAAAGGAUGGUACAACGGACGACGUACAAGAUGAACAUAAGAAAAUUGCUGCGGUUAUAGGAGAAAUUCAAGGUACUGUUGGUGCAAUUGUGGGACCUGGAGGCCUUGGAGGUAUUAAGACGAAAUUGAACACGUAUAUUGGAAAGUUCACAGCAACGAGUUUCGAGAGCAAGGUUUUGAAAGUGUGGAUUGGGAAUAUUUUGGGGGAGGAUAAGACGGUGAUGGGAAAAGUUUUUGGAUAUAAUUCAGGCCACAAAGAGCAUUUCACGACGUAUUUUCGUAAUGGUGGCAGUGCCGGAACUAAUACAAGGCUUAAUGAGAAAAUCAGAGAGGAAAUUAUUAAUAAAGUGAAGAUGGCCCCGAAUAAUAUUAUUCAGAAAGCUACGGCAUCGUUCCAAAAAUUGCACACCGACGGCUCAGAAAGUAUAAAAAGGAACUUUGAAGCUGUCAAAGAUGUCUGUCAAACAUUUGCAGAUGAGCUGAAAACAAAAAUUCAGGGUGGAAGUGGAAUUAAUACAUUUGCUGGUAAGAUAGCCGCGGCAGUCAACGGGGAAGUAAUAAACCCCCUCCACCUUCAACCAAUUGAUUACACUGAGCUUACAUCCGCAAUCGAGUAUAUCCUCGUUGCACUCCAAGCCAAAGGCAGUCAGGUUUCCAAGGAACUGCAGUCCUUAGCUCUACAGCCUAUAACGAACAAUAACAUCGCCAAAUACUUGGAAAACGCUUUGACGGCGGCUGGUGAGCUUAACACAAAUCUUGAAAAGGCGCUUGGCGAAGGCAGUGCUGCAAACGGCACCAACUACGCGGAUAAAGUCGACACCGCGAUCGAUGAUGUGAGCACUGAGCUGACGACGCAGAUCGGGGAGGAUAAUCACAGUAGUACAAUCACAACCCUUGCCGCUGACGAUGAUAAAUUCCAAGGCUACAGAGGCUUCGUCGACCAAGACCAAGAAAAAUUACAAGCUCUUGCUAAGGGUGAAGUCGAUGUCAAUGAAGGUGAUCCGGAGCAAAACAAACUUCCCAAGGCCAUCAAGAAAAUCCAGAGUGAGAUGGACAGUGUAUUAGAUCCAUUAGGCGCAGUGAAUACUGAUGCGGAGUAUAAACUACAGCUGCUUAAGCAAAAACUCAAGACUUUGUGCGAAGACAUUAAAAACGCCGCUGGAGAUCCCAAUGGUCUGAAGAAAAUUUUGGAGGAUUUUAAAAAUAAAGAUCUCAGUAACGCAGAUCAUCAACUCAGCGGGAUUAGAAAUAAAAUUAGCGAAUUGCAGAGCAAGCUGGAGUCUGGUCCCAUCAGAGCAACUGAAAAUUUCAUUCAAACAGAAUCUAACCAAUUACAAAAUGAAUACAUCCAAAAACUCAAGGAGCAGGUUCAGCAUCAAGUCAGAAAUGCAACCGAUAAACUAACUACACAAGCCAAGAAGCAUCACGUUAUCACCACUAAGUUGUUACUCAAACAGUUUGCCUCCAGGGUGACCAAAGAGCUUGAUGGACUUCCACAGCAGAUUGAAGGUGACAGGCACAUUGGAUUUAAAGGGUUUAUGGAGAAGUUUUAUGGCGAUUACAAAAGAACACUGAAUCCUAAUAACAUUGAUAAACUUCUAAAUGCCAAAGGUAAGAAUAAUAUUUGUGACAUAGCCGAAGCCUUCCGUACAUUCUUCGAGCCAUUGAAAAACUAUAUCCAGGAAGAGAUUGGGAGGACCAACAAGGAGAAUCAUUCAAGGAAGAAUCCUUCCCUUCAGAAAUCUGAAAAUAACUACGUUGAUGCGGUCGACUGUGUAGAUAACGAACUCGCCAAAUUGUUCCACCAGAUAAACGCCGGUAAGUACGACAGUCAUGUACCCAGUCUGCUUGACGGGCUGGCUGAUGCCAUUGAAGGAUUGAAGCCGGAGUCGUUUUCUGAGCCGAACACUCCACUUCUAGAAGCUCUCGGCGCGGGCCUUUCUAACCUUGUCGGUGAACUUAGACUGGCAUACAUAUCAGCCUAUGACAGGCAGGAUAUUGAUUGGACUAAAGAUGAAAGGUCAGCGGCAAAUUGUGCCAAGGUAUUUUUGACCUCUCUUCCGACGCUUUUCAAUAGAUUGCAUUACGUGUUCUAUGAGUGUUGUAACGCAUGGAAAACAUAUAAAAUGCAGAGUGCAGGCAAUACGAAAGCAUUGCAAAAGUAUUUGCAAAAUCAUGGAUAUGAUGUCGAGAACCUCGUUACCAAAAACAAUACCGGUCGAGACGUUGCCAUAUGUCUUAGCAGGGGGUUCAACAAUUAUGAUGAAUUUAUUAAAGAGCCAAAAGGCUAUGAAUCGUUCGACGACUACGUUAAUUAUUAUGAAAAGGGUAAAGGUGUUUUGUCUAGACUUUUCCACCACCUAAAUCAAUAUAACGAAGUAUGUCACUUAGUAGUCCGCUCUGAAGUUAAAACGCCGUGCAGUAUAUAUGAAAUGCUUGCAUGGUGCUCAGGUCUCACGUAUAAUGUCGUGAAUAAAACAUCAUUACGCGACAGUAUCGUUCAACUGUUUAGUGGUCCAGAUGCGCAAAAGCCGGAGGUUGAGGACGAAUUCGAUGUGACACUCAUUGACACAGAAUCUAUAUCCCUAGAUGCCUACCCAAAUGAAAUCACGUACAAAAAUGUGCGAACAGCCAUUAAGAAGACUUGUUCACGAUCCCGUUCCGUCCUUACCUCUAUACUCGGUCAUGGCCACGCAGGUGGGAUUUAUGCUUGCGACUUCUCCAACAAUUCACUGAACCUGCAUUAUCCCACUGAUAUGAAUACCUUGAUCUGUGUGUUGUUAGAAAUUCUGAAGCGACUCUACCACCAGCUCUAUUUCUUAUAUCAACAAUGUUGUUACAAAAGACAACUGAGUGGCUGGUCGGACUGUUGGUACGGCAAGGGAAUUGCCGGGUCAGCGUGGAACUGCCAUGAGACCCAAUGUCCUAAGCAAGACUGCAACCAAAAACACGACCAACAUACUGACUGCGGCAUAAAGUCACCGCUUCAGUCGUUCCUGGAAGAUGGCUUACUAGGCUUCCUUCCCCAUGAACUCAAGUCUGAGAAAGGCAAACUUGAGUGCUCAGUAAAACAGCACUUUAAUGUGCCAUGUAUAACUCCAAUGGGUUUCUGGGAUAUUACUGAAGCGGCGUCUCACAGGCAAACCGGUCAGCAUAUCAAGGAUGUGCUCGGUAAAUUUUGUGGUGAUUCAACAUCGUGCCUCACUGUGCUUCUCAGUCAACUGAACGCUCUCCUCCCUAGUGCGCCAAAAACAUUGGGCGAUAUGUUCGCGUUCUAUUAUCAAUUCCUUAAUGAGUGGGAUGGCAGGAAUGUGAUACGUCGGAAGAACAGGGAAGAACCAUUUACAGACGCCGUCACUGGGGCCAAUUUCAAAACUCCACAUACCAAGUUGGAGAUUGCUCCUAUGUUCGGCAGCACCAAUCAUAAAUCAGGCAAGCAGUCUACCCAUGUUAAUGGCGACCUCUAUGGUCUAUGUAACGCCGAUGAGUCAUGUUAUGAAGCAAAUAACCAAUGUGGCACAUACAUGACUUCUAUAGGCACUGCGAUAUACACUACGUUCGCUGCCAAGAACGCCGCCAAACACCUGUCCUGGGUUGUUUACCUCACUGAUUUCUUUUAUGAUUUAUUGUGCCAGUUAUGCGGAAAGUGCAGUGGUAACUGCGGCGUCAAAAGUUCUAAAUGCCGCGUUACCGGGUGUGCCAAAAGUGCUUGCGGUGUCUUCGCACACUCCGUCUUUGAGAAGACAAACAAUGCGCAUGGUGUAUGUGAUUCCAUCAUAAAAUGCCCUCAUACGCAUCCGACACUAUAUGCCUACGGUUUCACGUUUGGAAAUAGGACCAAUUUGGAAGGCAAGAUUGGUGAACACAAUAUACCUAAAAGAACGUGUAAAAAAUUCAUACAACAGCUCAAUAAGGGCUUUGGACAUUUUCUUUGCUCUACCUGCUGCACAUCACCGUCGUCCGCAUCGACGUCCUGCGCAUCCGCUCACACCUGCGCUCGCCCUCGUCGCACCGCAUCGCCGCCCAGUCGCUGCUCGCCACCGCACAUGUCGGAAAGCUCGGCAAAAUAUCGUACCUACAGGCGUGAUUUUAAUCACCGCCGUGAUGACGCCACUGCCUAG